UCCGGCAUCAAAGGACGAGAGGAAGGAUUUAAGGACGAUGUACAGAGUUGUCUUUCCUUUACGAAGAACAGGAGUGAGAUUGGCGAAAUGGUCAGAACAGAGCUUGGUGACACCAUCUUGCUUGACAUUACAUUCUGGAUCAAAACCAGUACGACAACAACAGUUAUUAGGUUCUGAUGAAACAAUACGAAAAUUCCAUAUCAGCUCUCCGUAUCAGCAUACAGAAGGAAACAAAGUGUCAGUAUCAGGGAGUAGAUCCGACAAUGUCAAGAUCAGCAGUGAUCGGAUUUCUUUGAAAUAUGGCGAGUUUGAAAUGGAACUUUUAUUUGUGUGGCUGCGAGAUCAUUGUCGUUGUAAUACUUGUUACAGCCAUGAUACAAAUCAGAGAAAUGUACAGAGUCAGAAGCUGUUUACUGGAGAGACACCCUCUAGUGUUGAAUUUGAUGGCUUGGUUCUUGGGAUUUCCUGGCCAGAUGGUCAUGUGACUUCAUAUGACAUCAACUGGUUGGUAAAUAACGUGUACCACAAUCACCACACAGACCAUGUUGACAAAGUUCUGUGGGAUAAGGAGACCAUUGAGAGUGCUGGACUCCCCACUGUCCAUUUCCGGGAAUACAUGGAUUCGGAUGAAGGGCUUUGGAAACACUUAAACAAUCUAGUCAAGUUUGGUUUUUCUAUCGUCACAGAGGCACCACCAGUCCAUCAUAUGGGAACACUAGAAGUUGCUACUAGAAUAUGCUUCAAACAGGAGACUCAUUUUGGACCCGACUGGACGUUCACUUCCAAUAAUGAGCGGGGUGACACUGCAUACAGCGAUCUCUACCUGGGGGCUCACACAGACAACACCUAUUUCACAAGUCCGAGCGGAAUACAGGUUUUUCAUGUUCUUGAGCAUGAUGGAGAGGGAGGCCAGACUCUCAUGGUAGAUGGACAACACUGUGCAGAACAAUUGCGAUCCAAAUAUCCGGCUAAAUUUGAUCUUCUGACCAGGACUAUCAUUCCCCAUGAAUACUAUGAAGAGAAGCUGCGUGUGCGUAGUCUUGGUACUGUCCUCUCUGUCCAUCCAACUACUGGUCAGUUUCUACAGAUAAGAUAUAACCCGUAUGAUCGAUCACCCCUGUACACUGUACACCCUGAUGACCAACAAGCAUUCUACCAAGCUUAUGAAGCCCUUACUCAGGAAGUUCGUAACCAGGAAAAUGAGCUGUGGAUAAAACUGAAGGCUGGCAUGGUGUUAUUUGUAGACAACUGGAGGGUUAUGCAUGGUCGUGCUUCUUUCACAGGUCGACGGUUAGUCAGCGGAUGUUACCUACCGCGUGAUGAUUGGAUAAGCAAGGCCCGAGUGAUGGGAUUGAUGAAUCUGUGAUUUGUAUAUUACCGCAUGUGUCACGUACACAGAAACUGGAUGUUUUACGUCAACCAACAAGGGCAGCAUACUGAUAAGAGCUUACAGUAUUAACGAGAUAACAGAAACAAUCUCUGGUUUUGUUAAAUUAUAAUUAUUUAUUUUUCUUGGGAUUUUUUUUAUUGAUUUCCAGCUCCACAAAAUCUUAAGCAUCCAAAAAUAAGUUGAUUUUAAAGAUGAGUGGAUUAGUCAGCAAUAUUUAUUCAUAAAAUCCACUACUUACAAAAAUCUUUGAAAACAAAAAGAUAGAAAAUAGUCAUCAGUUUUCUUACACAAAUUCCAGCUUUAUCAUCGGUGUUUAAAUUUUGCUGUUUUUGCUGUAGGUAUUGAACUGACAGAUUUUGAAAUGAGAAAGGUUUAUGUAUUUUGUUAUGAGUAUCUAUUUAUUUCUAUUUAAUUACAGUAGUACGACAGUUAUUUCUUCAUUUCUACACAUUUAAACUGAUCACUGAGUACAUGAUUAUCUUCAGGAAUGAAGCACACUCAUGCGAGGUAAAUAAAUUUGUUUUAUCAUAUAACUUACCAGUUGUGCCAUAUAUACAGUCAUUUGUCAUAAAUAGCCUGAGAUAUAAGUGUAAUACAUCGUAACGUUAUUGUGACGUCAUAAAUAAGUCAUGCCUUGAUGAUGUCGCAUGAUUAUCUCAGUUGUGAACCAUACACAUCAUCAUGUCUGCCUGAUAGAGAAGGUAAUUUGUGAUUUUUCACUAUUUUUUGAAAAAAAUGUUAUAAUGAUGAAUAGAAUCUUACACUCCUGUUGAUAUAAUAUGAUAUUUAUUAAUUUUGUUGGAUAAUUUGAUAUCACAUGCCUAAAUGCUUGUAACUUACAUACGUCAGAUACCUAUAUGUAAAUGUACUUGUGUACCCAGGUAAUGAGUUUCACAUAACAUCAGCAUUCCCACAAGAUCCUCUGUAUAUGAUAUUUGAUUUGUUGAUAAGUAGAAGAUCAAUCAAGCUGUUUAUAUAUGUUUUAACAGUCUUAUAUAUUUUGCGGACAAGUUUAAUGAAUUUUUAAGAUUAUUUGGAUCUACAAACGACCUUAAAAAUCAUAUGAAUGUCAAAGUCUCAAAAAUGGAAGGGUAGGGAAGAAAGUAUGACAAUCAGACUCCACAAGUGCCAAACUUAUCUAAACCUCUACCCUUCGAAA